CCCCGUGACGUCACCGCCGCGCGCCGCCGCGAAGGACACGGCGCCCGAGCGGGGCCGAACGGGACCGGAGCGAGCCGAGUGGGGCGAACGGCCCGGGCGGGCUCAGGCGCCAUGAGCGGUCCCACGGAGGAUGAGAGGCUGCGGGUGCAGCAGCUCCGCGCCCUGCGGCGCCGCUGGCUGCGGGACCAGGAGCUGAGCCCGCGGGAGCCCGUCCUGCCGCCGCAGCGGCUCGGGCCCGUGGCCGCCUUCUGGGAACGCUUCCUGCAGCCCGGGGAUCCCUGGCGGCAGCAGGUGCACAAGUUCUACCAGGGCGGCAGCUUCGUCCUGCUGCGGGUGCUGCUCCCCGCCUGGGCCAUCACCUACUUCCUGAAGUACCACGUCCGGAAAUCGCCGCACGGGGUGGUUGUGGCCAACCCACGGAUAUUCCCAGGGGACAGGAUUUUAGAGACUGGAGAGAUCAUGCCACCUCUGAAAGAUGAGCACCACAGGCACCACUGAUGGCCGGGAGCUGAUUUCCUCUGUGGGUGAACAUGGCCACAUGCAUCUGCUGUGUCUGUUCCAUAAAAGAGUCUUCAUUGUG